GGAAUUCUUUACUGUCGGAAUACUUCUUGUACUGCUCUCUGAUAGAUUAUCAAAAGACUAAAAGAUGGCUGUGAUUAUCCCUCCUGAACAAAAACGGGAUGAGUUUAUUGACAUCUCAAUUGGCAAAAAGUUGCAAAAACUCUCUAGGAACAAAUUAGAAUGCAUGAAUUAUCCUAACAGCCGUACUGAGGCUGCGCCCUGUGCAGGAGAAGACACGGAUAAAGAAGACAAGCUACAGACUACUAGCAAACCAACUGAGGCUAAGAAGCAUUUGACAGAGAAAACUGAAAACCCAAAGGAACUGCAGAAAUGUGAUGUGGAAUCACAACAGUCACCAAAAGUAGCCAAGAGGAAUCAGAGACAAAUUGCAAACAAACUAUUAAUAUUAAUGGUUUUCCUGAGCAUCUGUUUUACCUCUUCUGCCUCACCAACUCCAAAUAUAUUGCGAAGAAAUCAGAGAGAAAUUAAGUCUGCGCACCCUGCACAACCUGCGCACCCUGCACAACCUGCUCAACCUGCUCAACCUGCGCACAAAUCCCAAAAAGAACACAAAUCCGAGUCUCCAACUGUUUGUCAGAAAUCCUUGGAGAUUCCAAACACAUCUGCAGUGAUCAGAGAUACGAAAACAUUAUCACUGUACCUGCUCGGAAGAACAGAGAUUUGCCCACAGAAAGGAUUAAUUGCUAAUGACUAUUGCUAUUGCUUUACAAAUAAUACCUUUGUGAGCAUAUUUGGACUGAUGACUGGAAAUGGGACAUGCCCCGAGUUCUUUUUAGAAUAUGGUAAUGGUGAAGAUUAUCGCGAUUUAAUUCAACUUACUCAAGAAGAUCAAUCAAUUUUUGCUCAUCUUCUUAUCGGGUCAUCAGUGGCUGGAAAUUCCACUGGACUGCUGCCUAUCCUUAGCACUUAUUUUCCUGUGGAAGAAAAUAUACGUCAUGUAGUUGUUGUUGGUUUGGCGAUAGGUUUCGUUGUCCUCCUCAUCGCACUCUUCAUCUGUUACUGGAAGAAAAAGGAGAGUUUUAAUUGCUGCAAGCGAGAAGCUGAGGGCAAUGAACGCGUGAUAUAUCCUACUUCGACAGCCUUCAUAGCAAAUCCUGAAAUAUUUGUUUGCACGCCAAUGUGCUCUGAUGGAACAAGCCAAGAUAGUGAAAGUAUCCAGUUUUGCAAAGCAUGAGGCAUCUUCAAGGAGCGACCUGUGAGCGGGACGAGCUUUAAACUGAAGAUGUAUGCUCGGCGGUUCAUUUGACAAGGAGAACUUGCAAAUAACUUUUUUACCUGGAAACAAAAAACUCUAUCUAUUGGAAAUGAGUCUAUAAUCUAAUCAGCAUUAGUAGUUUUUUUAUAUCUAUUGGAAAUGAGUCUAUAAUCUAAUCAGCAUUAGUAGUUUUUUAUAUCUAUUGGA